CUAUCAUCUAGGUGCACCUUAACCUAAAUAAGCGCAUUUGAGCGCAUUAUCUCUUCGGCGCUUACACUUCUAUGUACUAAAUAAUCCUAAAACAUCUAAAACAAAAAAAAUAUAUUAACUAAAUAUUUUCUAUAUUACAAAAUCUUUAUCAAAUUUAGAAUUGAUUUCUCUUCAAACAAAAAUAUAGAACUUUUUCAAAUCUAGUUAUCGAACAAUUAACAAUGUUAGUAGAGAUAACAGACUCCUGAGAAUGAACAAAGAUCAAUCAGAAGGCAAAAUAGAAGACAAAAAAAUUUUAAUAUUAAAAGGAUAUGAUAAUCUCUUUUGAAAUUUUUGACAGAAAAAAUUAUCGCUAAAUUGAAAACUGUAUUUAAAACGACGUGCUUUGCUUUCGUCCGUCAUGGUUGACGCUGUCAUUACUAAAUAAAGUAAUCAACAAACACUCGAUAAAAUGUUACGCGAUGUCUUGGUGCAUCUGUUAAUUAGUGCUAUAGGCAUAUUCGUCGGUAUGACUGCAUUUUUUGUUCUGUUCGUUGUUUACGGGAACCAUGAUGUAGGAUUUUGGUCGAUAUUGGCAGGUGCUUUAUCUGGAGUUUGUUUCCAUUUGCACUGGGUGAAGGGUAAAGGAACUUUGGAGAGAUGGCACACUAGAGUUACACUGCGGAAUUUAAACGUUGUAGGUUUUGUGAGUGCAGUAACUGGCAUUAUCGCACUGAUUUGGUACCUAUUCCUUACAUUCUACUACAAGAUACCCAUUCAACCAAUUUCUGAAAGCACUAUUAUAUCAGCAGUAUGGUCUAUGAUUUGUGGAAAAUGUGGUAUUACAUUGAUGUAUUAUUCAAACAAAUACGAGUUAUUAAUCCAGGAAGGAGCAGCACCUAUACUCACAGAUAGUGCUUGAAAUAUGAUAUUGUUAAUAUUUUUAUAUAAUACUGUUUAAAAAACACAAUGUUUUUUAUAAGAUGAUAUAUCUAUUAAUCAGGUCUGUACAGGUUUUUACUGCCAAAUAAAACGUUUCUUUGUCAAUUUAAUAAACGAGGAAAAAAAUAGAGACAAAGAAGAUUGGAUAUUGCAA